AUGUGGGCGGUGCCUCCAAUAGUGCUUGCUUUAGCUAAACAGAAUUUGGAUAAAAAGUAUAACCUUUCUUCAUUGAAAAAUAUUGGCUAUGGUGCUGUCCUUCUGAGAAAAGAUUUGAUGAACGAAUGUGCCAAAAAUACAUUUGAUACUAUAAUUGGUCAGGCUCAAGCCAUGAUUGAACCUUCUUCUAUUGUUUCAGUAGAGGAUUCAAGAAUAAGUGUUCAACAUUCAGGUUAUGACUGA